ACAAACGACUCGUUGCUUUGUGCAAAUUGAGAAGAAAAAUUUUACUUUUAUUUGUGCUGUGAAAUUAUUUAAAUAAAAAGAUAUAAAACAAAUAACAUAAAUAAAAAAAUAUGUAAAUACACAAAAAUUGUAAAGAAAAUCCAUUAAAAAAACAUAACAUCAAUGAAAUAAAUCGAUAUUAAAAGAGGAAAAAUACACAAAAGAAAAAAUUUUUUGUCAAGAUAUCACAGCGAAAGUAGGCGCAAAGCAAAGAAUAAAAAAAAGAUUUUUUUCACACACAAGACCCUCUACAAGAAAAAAAAGAAUUGAUUCCAAAUUUUUUUUUGAAGGAAAAAAAUUUGCAGCCCAAUUUGUUGUUGUUGUUGGUAGAGUGUGAAAACGAAAGAAUAUAUUAACGAAAUUUGUUUAAAGCAAUAAAAAAGUAAAUAAACGAAAAAAACGGAGUAACAAGUUUUAUUAUUGUUACACAUAAUUAAAUAUAAAAUAAAUAAAAAGGUUGUUUAACAAAUGUAAAAGAUAUAAGGAAAAAUUUAACAUAAAAUUAAGUAUAAAUAAUGUAAUAAUAUUGUUAGAAGAGGAGUUUUAGAAAAAAUAAAAACUCCUCCAACACCACCCCAUUAAACCAAACAAUCUAUUAACUAAUGCCCUGUUGUUUGCUGCUGCUGCCGCACUGUAUUUCAAAAAAAUAACUAAUAACAACAAGACUUUUUACGGCUGAGCCAACAAAAACAAAGUCUUGUACGAGUUAAAAAUAACAACAAAACAGAAAUUAAAGAAGUUUUCUGUUUUUGAAACUAGAAUUAAACAAUUUUAAAUGGAAUUUAUGUUUUAAAUAAAAAAGUAAAAAACAAAUAAAACAAUCCUCCCUCCCCAAAAUGAGCAGUGUCACAACAACUCCCACUAAGACAAUGAUGACACCCAUACAACAGCAUCAACAUUCUGCUAUGCCGCCACAACAUUCGGCCUCUAGCCACUCCACACCGGUGCGUAGUCCUCAGCCUAGUUCUCACUCAGCGUCGACAUCAUCGCUACCGGCCAAUGAUUUGGAUGUCAUACAGGACAUGAUUGAUUGUUCGGCCAAUCGUUUAGAGGGUUUGCGCACCCAAUGUGUAACCACAACUACGUUAACGCAAAGGGAAAUACGUUCAUUGGAGACCAAAUUAUUGCGUAUGUUUUCAGAAUUACUGCUAACCAAAGGUAGACUAAAUGAACGUAUACCGGCCAGUGGUUUGCCUCAUAGUUCGAGUAAUGAGCUAAGGCAAUGGCUAAGGGUAGUGGGUUUAAGUCAGGACUCGUUAAAUGUUUGCCUAACACGCUUAUCAACGUUGGAACAAAUUCUGGAAUUGAGUGAGCAGGAAUUAAGAGAACUCUUGCAAAACAAUCCAACUUAUAGAGAGGAGGAAAUAAGACGUUUGACAAAGGCCAUGCAAAAUUUACGUAAAUGUAAAGACAUUUUAACAAAACCCAAUGAAAGUUUACAGCCCGCAACAUUAACAGGAGAAGGUGAUAAGAAUAACACAUCCACAACAGCACAGUCCGUGAUUAAUAGAGAAACUAAAGAGCAAUUAAUAGAACAAUUGUUUUGGGAUUCAUGGGAUCGACAUCAUCGUGGCAGUGUGGGUAAUAUAGGAGUGACCGCUUCACCCCGAUCUCAUCGUAAUAUGAAACAAGCCAAACAGCAGCAACCACUAACAAAUAGACAAUCUCCCUCUAAUGACAACCAAAGCUGUAAGUCCUCCUCUACUACGAUGAAUAAUUCGGGCGAGGAUAAUUCUGUAUCAGCUUUGACUUUAACACUAACACCAUCACCACCACACUCACCUUUUACACCCACCUCAACCUCUACUAGUUUCAGCAAUUUGGGCGGCGGUAGUAGUUUGAAUGGCACACCGCAAAAGGGUAAAAUAGCUGGUACCCCACCACCUAUGAUAAAACAUGCCACCGCUCUUCAAGGUACACAACCUUUAACACCUACCCAUAACAGCGGAGGUAGUGGUUAUCAGCAGCAAGAUCAUAUACCCAUACCAUUAUCAAAAUCCAAAUCAAAUGAGUCGCAUUCACAAGAUUCACCGUCUUUAAUGGCAAAUAAUGCUGGAGGUGGUGGUGCUGGUAGUGGUGGCGGUCUAUCUCGCUCUCGUCUCAACACAGAUCCUAGUCCCGAUAGCCAUUCGUCUGCCAGUUCGGAUAUUCUAAUGGAAACCUCCAACAAUAGCAGUAACAACAAUAGUCUACAGGUACCCCUGUCUCCCCUAACGCCCAUAGUAAAUUUAAGCAUGAGCCAUAAUAUAGCUCAUCGCUUUGUAACGCUAGUUAAAAUGGCAACAUGUGAUCUCUGUCAGAAGCCCAUGUUUAUUGGCCGUAAAUGUAAGGAAUGUAAAUAUCGCUGUCACAAGGCCUGUGAGCCAUACGUACCCAACUCUUGCUGUUUACCACCAGAAUUUAUAGAUGAAUUCAAGCAGGCCAUUAAAGAUGCAGUUUAUCCUUCGCAAAUUACUCCCCCUACUCUUAAUAAUCAGUCACCAAAUCAGGGUCAUGGCACGCUAGGUAAGGGUCGCAAAGGUUUACCUUCCAGCCGUCACAAAAAACAUCCCUCUACCGCCAGUUCCAAUGUGGGAAUGCAUGACAGCAGUUCGCCCGGUUCUAGUUGCAACAGUUCUAGUCCUUCAAGUCCAGCCCUUUUUAAUAUGCAACAUCAACAUUCUUCGGGCGAUAUGCAGGCCACCACUAUAAUGAGCUCAUCAGCCGGUGGUUCGAGUACCAGCUCCAAUAUGUUGUCCACCCCUUCCUCGCAUAAGAAUGCAAGUCAAUUUAAUUUUCCCGAUGUUACCAUCACCUCGAAUUGCAACAAUCCUUCAGGUGCUACCACAGAAACUAUAUUGUCGGCACAAAAUGCCAAUAACACAUCACCAAAUCACGAAUUUUCCGAAUCACACAAGUCGCGCAACAAUAGUCAUGAGGCUUUAACAUCAGCUUCAAACAAUACAAAUACUCAUCACCAUCAUCAACACCAGCACCACCACCAUCAUCAUCAUUCUAACACCAACUCUUCCAAUAAUAGUAUUAAUGUUGCUAACACCAACAAUUUUACCACCUCCACAUCGUCGACUCUCACCAAUCACUCCAGCAAUAGUAUUGUAAAUGUUGGUCCGGCCACAUUUUUUCAAAGGAAACUCAGUUCAGCUGGAGUAGAUAAAAGAGACAAUUUUGCCGAACUUUCCGAUACUCAUAAAUCGAACGAUAGUGACAAAACGGUAUCAUUAUCGGGCAGCACAUCGGCUUCAACUGAUUCAGAUCGCACACCCGUACGUUUGGACUCUACAGAAGAUGGUGAUUCCGGCAAUUGGCCUAGACAAAAUUCUCUUUCACUAAAAGAGUGGGAUAUUCCCUAUGGUGAUUUACAAAUGUUGGAAAAAAUAGGACAGGGUAGAUUUGGUACAGUACAUCGUGCUCUCUGGCAUGGUUCGGUGGCUGUUAAACUACUCAAGGAAGACUAUCUCGAUGAUGAACACAUGUUGGAGGCUUUUAAGCUGGAGGUGGCCAACUUUAAGAAGACACGUCAUGAAAAUUUGGUUCUAUUUAUGGGUGCUUGCAUGAAUCCUCCCUACUUGGCCAUAGUUACAUCGCUUUGCAAAGGUAACACACUCUACACCCAUAUCCACAGCAGGCGUGAGAAAUUUGUCAUUAAUAAGACCACCCUAAUAGCGCAGCAGAUCACCCAGGGUAUGGGUUAUUUGCAUGCUCGUGGUAUUACACACAAAGAUUUGCGGACAAAGAAUAUAUUUUUGGAAAAUGGCAAAGUUAUAAUAACCGAUUUUGGUUUGUUUAGUUCCACAAAACUGCUGUACUGUGAUAAAGGUUUGGGUGUACCCACUGGUUGGCUAUGCUAUCUGGCGCCUGAGUUAAUGCGUUGUCUUAUGCCACGCAAACCUUCCGAUGAGAUUUUACCAUUUUCCAAAGCUUCCGAUGUUUAUUCAUUCGGUACCGUUUGGUAUGAACUGCUGUGUGGUGAAUUUCCCUUUAGAGCCCAACCACCCGAAUCGAUUAUAUGGCAAGUUGGUCGUGGCAUGAAACAAACAUUGGCAAAUUUACAAACCUCGCGUGAUGUUAAGGAUAUAUUAAUGUUAUGUUGGCGUUAUACGGUUGAAGAUAGACCUGAUUUUCCCAAGCUAUUAACAUUAUUUGAGAGAUUACCUAAAAAGCGUUUGGCUCGCUCACCCUCACAUCCCAUACAAUUGUCUAGAUCUGCUGAAGCUAUAUUUUAAAUUUGAAAUUAAAGCCUCAACAUUAAGAAUAUAUAAAACUGUAAUAUACAACUUAAGAAUGUUAAAUUUUCUUUUCAAAUUAAUGUAAAUAACAAUAAAAAUA